AUUGUUGAGCGGAGGCUGGGCUCCUGCAUCACCCAGAGCUUCGGGUGUGGAUGUUCGGCUUCGCGCGGGCAAGUGCAGCACAUGUCGUGUUGAGCAAUUUUCAGCAAUCCGCUUGGAUGUUGUGAAUGUUAGCAUGUGACUGGAGACAUUUUUGGGUGGCGGUGGAACUUCAAGGGUGUGUGUGGAGUUUUAGGGUUUCGAAGCCCCACACUUGACAGGGUGAAGGAACCUGCUGGUAUUUCUUCUUGUUUGGUCUCCGUUUGUGGUGAAGAUGGGGUGUAGUGAAUGAUCGUGAUUGUGGAGAUGGGGCUGAAGAGCUAGACCUCGAGGGUUUUGGUGAAGUUUUGUCUGGUUUUACAACAUGGGGGCCAAUGGUAAGCGGUUCCGUAAGCGUAACGCUCCUGAAGCAGGGGAGCAGUCCGACGAUGACGAGGAAAUCAGGUCCACGUUGGAGGAGGUGAAGUUUUUGCAAAAGCAGAGGGAACGAAGGAAUGGAGUAGUGGCCAAUCAGCUUGGUCAAUCUCUCGGAGGGUUGAAUCCCAAAGUUGCGGACAAGGGCGAGGGUGAGGGUGAGAAAGAAGAGCAAGUGCUGCAAGACACAUUUGCUCAAGAAACCGCUGUGACCAUUGAAGACCCUAAUAUGUUGAAGUAUAUUGAACAGGAGAUGGCAAAGAAGAGGGGAAGAGAGUUGGGUGUAGUAGAAGAGGAAUCGAAACCCCCUGAGGAUGACCUUUAUGUUAUACCUGAGCAUCUUAAGGUGCGAAGAAGAAAUGCUGAGGAAAGCUCCACACAAUGGACAACUGGUAUUGCCGAAGUGCAGCUGCCUAUAGAGUAUAAGCUUAAAAACAUUGAAGAAACAGAAGCUGCUAAGAAGCAACUGCAAGAUAAGCGUCCAUUUGUUGGUCGUGGCAGAACCCAGUCCAGCAUACCAGCUAGUUACAGCGCUGAUUACUUCCAACGUGGUCGGGAGUAUGCUGAGAAACUCCGAAGUGAACAUCCUGAACCCUUUAAAGAUAAGGGGAGAGGUGGAGGAGCAGGGCGAGGUGAUCCGAUUGGUUCUAACAGCGAGAAAUUGGAUUUAGGUAACAGAAGGCAAGCUGCCACCGAUGAGAUUAUGCUAGAACGUUUUAGAAAGAGAGAAAGAAGCCGAUUAAUGAGACGGUGACUCGGACUAGUUGCUGCUCUAUCCUCUUUCGCAAUUCUGAGUCUGUGUAGGGGUAAAAGUACGUGUAUUUUAAAACUACGUGUUUGACAUCAACGGCAUAGGAAAUACUCGUUCACGUCUGGUGAACAAUUGCAUCAUGGUUUACUUAUACUUCACCGGCUUAACUACAGCAGUAAUCAUCGUUAUCAAUUUCACUGCAGACAGUGUCUUGUUACUAGGUAUCUGCUCGUUGUGUAAAGAGUAUUUCCUCAUCUUCAGACUAAAUCAAAAAGCCCAAUCACAGACGUGUUGGGAACAUGCUCACACUUUUCCCGUGAAA